CAACCCACAAAUCACAAAUCACAAAUCACAGUUUUUCCUCUCCAAAUUUCCUUACGCUAAAAGGACUGUUCAUCCGUACAUCAUUUAAACCCCCUCUUUAUUUCUAUUAAUGCCCAACCCUUCUCACCCUUUUCUCUCAUUCUCCCAGCCUCAUCACUCCACAAACACACACUCUUGUUCCCAUGGAGGACCUAAUCAUCUCUCCUUCUUCAUCCUCUUCCCUCAUCUCUCUAUCCCAUGAAAACCCAUCCCCAACGCUCACCCUUCAGCAAAAGCUUCAAUUUUUACUCCAAACCCAACCCGAAUGGUGGGUCUACGCCAUUUUCUGGCAGGCCUCCAACGACGAAAAUGGCAACCUCUUCUUAUCCUUCGGAGAGGGUCACUUCCAAGCCACCCACAAACAAACUUCCCCUAAAUCACUCCCCCCUAAGAAGCUCACAAACAACAACAUCAACGACGCCGAGUGGUUCUACGUCAUGUCCUUGACUCGCACCUUCCCCGUCACCAAUGCUUCUUCUUCUUCUUCACUCCCAGGCAAAUCCUUAGCCCAAGGCUCCGUGCUCUGGCUCAACAACAACAAACACGACCUCCAAUUCUACAACUGCGAAAGAACCAACGAGGCCCACGUGCACGGCAUCCAAACCCUAAUCUGCAUCCCCACGCAAAACGGCGUCGUCGAAAUGGGCUCCUACGACUUCAUCAAACAAAACUGGUCCCUCGUCCACCACGUCAAGUCCCUCUUCGAAAAUCCCAACCCGCUUCCCCUCGACAACCACCAAACCCUCUCCUUCGCCGACGACGUCGCCGGCACCCAAGAAACCAAAAAACGAAAACUCACCCAAACACCUCCCAACAACAACAACACCUCUUCCUACGUCGACUCCGAACACUCCGAUUCGGACUGCCCCACUCCCACGUUGCCCACGCUCGCCGAACCCAAAAAGAGAGGCCGAAAACCCGUUCCCGGCCGCGACACCCCAACCAACCACGUCGAGGCAGAGAGACAGCGGAGAGAGAAGCUGAACCACCGCUUCUACGCGCUGCGGGCGGUGGUCCCGAACGUCUCGCGCAUGGACAAGGCUUCUCUGUUAUCCGACGCCGUGGAUUACAUCAACCAGCUGAAAGCGAAGAUCGAGUUGUUGGAGUCGCAGCAGCAGAGGGAGACCAACAAGAAGGUCAAAACAGAAAUGGCGGACACCACGGACAACCAGAGCACUGCCACGACGUCCACAGUGGUCGACCAAGGGCUUGUCCUAGGGCUUGAGGUGGAUGUGAAGAUUGUGGGCCCCGACGCCAUGGUGAGGGUUCAGUCCGAGAAUGUUAACCACCCCGGCGCCAGGCUUAUGGGUGCAUUGCGUGACUUGGAGUUUCAGGUGCACCACGCUAGCAUGUCCUCCGUUAACGAUCUCAUGCUUCAGGAUGUGGUGUUUAAGGUUCCCAAUUCCAUGAGGAGCGAAGAGGGUCUUAGAUCUGCCAUUCUCAUGAGGUUAGAUUAGAUCCCAUAGAUCAUAGCUGUAAGCCUGUAACAUAUGCUGCUGUACGUUAUAUUAUUUUCUUUUUCUUUUCUCGCUUUUUCUCUUGCUUGCUGCUUCGGUGGGUGCCCUUCCCUCUGUUGCUUAUUAGGGAAUCUAAUGCCCUCUCUCCUUUAUCUGCAUACAAUCUUAUAUUUUCUAUAUACCCUUUGGAUUUUGGUUUACCUUUCUCCAAAUCCAAAUAUUUUAUACUCAA